UUGACCUUUCCUGUCCCAGGAGAAACUACCUUGACCUUGUCCCAGGAGAAAUUACCUUGACCUUUCCUGCCCCAGGAGAAACUACCUUGACCUUGUCCCAGGAGAAACUACCUUGACCUUCCCUGCCCCAUGAGAUGGAGAACGUGUUUUUUGAGGUGGACUUUGUGGCCUUUGAGUUCCUGAGUCACCCACAAGUCCUGCUCGCCCACAACGUCUUCGUGGCCGUCUGCCUCAUCUACAUGCCCAUCAUCAUCGUCUCCAACAUCAUCGUCUUCUUCAGCAUCCUCUUCUACCCGGGCUUUCACACCAACAACAACAUCCUCCUUCUGAGUCUGGCCAUCGCCGACUUCCUGAUGGGCAGUUUCUGUAUCCCGAUGUACGCGCUGGCCUACAUCCCCGCCACCAAGCCGUUCAUCUUCAACCACAAGUACCUCUGUCUGCUGUGGUUCAGCUCCAUCAUCUACGGCGCCGGGGGCUCGCUCUACACGCUGCUGGUCAUCGCUAUUGACCGCUACAUGGCGGUCAUGUCACCGUUCAGGUACACGACCCUGGUGACCCAGAAGCGCAUCAUCCGGAUCACCAUUGGCAUCUGGGUCUACCUGACCCUGAUGGCCUUCACCCCGUGGAUGGGGUACAACUACUACGACAAGAACGCCAACAAGACGCUGUACGAACGCUGCAACUUCUACAUCACGCUGCCCAAACCCUACAUCAUGAUCUCCCUCUUUGGUUCGGUCUUCGUCUGUAUCGGGAUACCUUUUAUCCUGUACGUUCAAAUCUGCAUCGUCGUGUAUCGGCAGAUCAAGGCCUUUGAGGUGCAGAAGUCCACCAUGACCAAAGAACAGAUUGUCCAGUUCAAGAACCGCGUCAACACCAUCAAGAUCACCGCCGUGCUCAUGUUCCUCUUCGUCUUCUUCUGGCUGCCGUACGUCAUGGUCGUUCCGUUCAAAGUGAAGAAAGUCUUUGACGAGAAGACGAUCGAGCUGAUCAAAGUCUACACGCAGCUGCUCAACUUCGGCAACUCGGCCGUCAACGCCGCCAUCUACGCCAUCGGCCGACGUGAGUACCGCCAGGUGUACAAGCAGAUGUUGACCACCUGGCCGUGGAACUGGAAGCAGGAGCUCAGGAGUGUCCACCGCAGCAUCGGCUACUCGGCCUUCUCGCCCUCCGCCCAGGAGACUUCCGGUGCCGUCCCUUCAGCCGGUCACGAGGAGCCGCCCCCUACCACCACGACGGAGCCGACCAAGGAAGAGCCGGAGCCAGCCAGUCAGAAGGUGCCCAAUGGCGACACCAGCAGCGCCAAGCUCUCCAUCGGCUCCAACGUCCCCCCGACCAAGGAGUCACAUGGGUCAAGGGGGUCAGCUUCGUCUCGAGUUGACACCAAUUCGUUGAAAGACCGCAGUGAGGCGGUUUAACAAAGGUUUAACAAAGGUUUGACAAAGGUUUGACAAAGGUUUGACAAAGGUUUAACAAAGGUUUGACAAAUGUUUGACAAAGGUUUGACAAAGGUUUGACAAAGGUUUAACAAAGGUUUGAGAAAAAUUUGACAAAGAUUUAAACAGACAACAGCGACGUAUUUUUUGUUCGAGAGGCUUAAUUGUAUUAACGUUUACGGUUGAAGGUAAAUAAAGCAUUA